UAAAAACCAUCAUGGCGGAAUCGAGCGUGUCUCUGUCACCUCGAGUGGAAAACAACCAGAAUAUCUUUGACAUUAUACAAAAGGAAAAUGUGACUGCCAAAGAGAAUGACGCACCUGAAGUAGAUACAUCAAAUAAACCGGCUACAGUCGUGGAAAAUAAGUUGUCAAAUGCAGCAAGAGACCCGAAAAGUUUCCGUAAUUUGCCUGGACAGCAGUGCCACUUCUCAACCAAGGACGAAAACAAACCAGACGAGAGCAUGGAUGAGGAUACCAGUAGCCCUGAAAAGGGCGAGGUCACUCCACAGCGACACUCAUCCACUGAAAACCAAUCAAGCACAGGCUGCAGUGAGCCAAAAACCGAGUCGCCGGUAACGCCUGACAUGGGGAAACGAAAACGUACACACCAUGACUACAGACGCCUGUCAAGCUCUGGGUAUGUGGAUGACACAGAAGGCAAGGAAAAAUUCCGUCCCACCAGCUGCAGUGAGUCUGAACUGUCCCCCACCCCACCCAAAGUGAUGCCCCUGAAGAUCAAGCUGCCCAGGGCUGACUCCCUCGUCAAUGGUGUGCCAGGGGACCCUGUGUCAGAGACCUGUUCCAUAAAGACCUCCGAGUCGUCGCCACAUGAUGAGAACACCACAGCCCCCAGGGAGAAAUCUCACAAGAAGAAACACCACAAGGAACAUAAAUCUCACAAACAUAAACACAAGGCCAAGGAGAAACGGCACCACCAUCAUAAGCACCACAAGGAAAAGAGGGAGAGGAACUCUGAGGAAUCACCAGGGGGAAGCACCGUUGCAGCCACAGCACCAGUGGUGACACCUGGUGUGGCUGAAAGUCUUCAAGUCUCUGGCAGCACUGAGACGGUUGUAGAUAAAAUAUCGAAUGCAUUUGAUCUGAUUGAGCCCAAGGUCAAAUUGGAUAAGACCCCCAGCAAAAAAAUAGUCAAGACAGACCCUAAUGUCAUCUCUCAGACACCAGUUAUUGUCAAGACAGGCCAUAAAGACAGUCAUAAGGUCAAGACAAGUCAGACUGACAUUAAGAAAUCGACAGAGGGUAGUGAAAAGGCAGCUGGGAAGAUGCCCUCUUUGACACAUAAAGAGGGCAAGAGUGGUAAUGGACAAUCGAAAUCACAUGGUGAGCCUUCUGGGAAAAUUACACAGAGUUCUGGGAAGGGUACGGAUCAUAGUUUAAAUUCAUCUCAUACAAGUGCGAAUAAAACUUCUCACACAGUGAAGAGAUCUAAUAGCACAGAAUCAGCAAAGAAGGCAAAUAAUACAGAAGUGUCAAAAAGUUCAGACUUGGCAAAGAAACUGACAAUCAGGGAAGAAAAAGGUGCAAAAAGUACUGAGACUUUAAAAGUUGCCUCUAAAGGAGAAACCAUAUCAUCAUCAUCAGACUGCAAGUCUAAAUCUCAUACAUCUAGCAGUAAGUCAGGUAAACUUUUCACUGGGGACAAAAUGAUUGCAAAAUCUAGCCCCAGCAAAAGUAACUCAUCUAGUCAUAGUAAUUCAAGCCAUCAUAGUGUUAACAAAGAGAAAAAGAAGGAAAAAAGUAAAACUGAUUCAGCACACCAAAGAGACAAAACGGCUGGCUCGGGCUCUAAACCUGAAAAGCAUCAACCAGUGGACUCUUCAGUUGUUAAAGAGAAGGAUGCGUCUUCCCAUCAAUUACAGACAGUCAAGAUAGAAAAAGAUAAAACUAAAACUGUACCAUUGACUUCUAAGAAGGACAGCAAUGCAGUAAAAGUUUCACAAAACAAAGACCAGUCGCAUAAGGUCAACAAAGAUGGUGGUCAUGGAAUUAAGAAGGACGAUGGACAAGGGGUCAGCAAAGAUGGCCAGCAUAGGGUUAACAAGGACAGUGAGCAUAGGGUUAAAAAGGUUGGAGACAAAGAUCUGACUAAAUCCCAAAGCAGGGAUGGGUCGCAGAUGGAGGAGAAAGUUGCUUUGAAGCGCCCACUAGACAAGACAGUCAAAGGCAGCGACAGCAGUCCUCAUAAGAUACGGAAAGUUGAACACACAACCCCAGAAAAAUCUCACAAAAGUGGCAGCUCUUCUUCAGUAACCAGUAGUACAAAGAAACCCGAUAAAACCAAACACAGUGGUGGGGCAAAGUCAGAAAAGGACCAUUCAUUAUCAAAAGGUGGCAGUGCUAUCAGUAGUGAUUCCAAGAAGGACCAUCAUCAAAAGACGCCAAAAUCCAAUAAUAAGGACAGUGGUGGGCUGCAAAGGACUGCUAGCAAAAUGCAGCUUGAUGCCAUAAGAGCGUCUUACCAGGCUAAAUUACUGGAACUUUCAGACAGCAAAAUUGCAUCUCAACCAGAUACUUUUAGAGACGUUGACAUAGUUAUAAAGAAAUCUGAUCUCUCGUCGAAGUAUAAAUAUGGUCACCUUAUGCAUGUGGAGGUUCACACCAAUGGGGGCGCUAAAGUCAUUCAUUGUUACCAAGAGGAGCUGGACUGUUUAACAGCAGAACAGAGUGAGGAAUUCGCACAGGAGUUUUUCACAGAAGCCUAUGGUGAGGAACCAUACGGGACAGCCAAGUAUGUGAUGGCUAUCGUUCAUAGAGCUGCCUCGUACCUUCCCGAUCUGCUGGAGCAUUUUGCCUUCCUCUACCCGCAGCUAGUGGUCAAAGCAGGAAUACUUGGAAAGUCGGACAUCGAGACCACGACGAUGGAGUCGUUCGUUGAAAAAGUACGCCAGUCGUACUCGUAUGGGACUUUCCGCUCCGGCUCUCUCCUCCAGCUCAGCCUUGUGGGCACGGUGACAGAAGAAGCCGGAGAUUAUUUCCCUGAUUUCCUCGACAUGCUGGAACACAACCCAUUCCUGAGGAAGAGCAUGCCCUGGGGUGACCUGUCUGUAGUCCACGGGCUGCCAAGGAAUCGUAGCAAUGAUGGGCCUAUCUUGUGGGCGCGCCCUGGUGAGCAGAUGGUGCCCAGUGCUGAUAUGCCCAAGUCUCCUUUCAAGAGGAAAAGGGGCAUGAAUGAACUGAAGAAUUUAGCCUUGCUCCCCAGGGUGUCUGAGCCCAGAGAGACCCUGAUAGAGGACCGCACCAUGUGUCACGCUGACCAUGUGGGUCACGGGUUUGACCGGGCUACCACUGCAGCCGUGGGGGUACUCAAGGCUGUCCACUGCGGUCAAAAGCCUGCAGGAGACCGUAUAACAAAGGAUGUGAUCUGUUUUGAGGCAGCCAAUUUUGCCCAGGUGACAGAAAUGAUGCAGCUUGACCUCCAUGAACCGCCCAUGUCACAGUGUGUUUCGUGGGUGGAAGAUGCAAAGCUAAAUCUAAUGCGGCGAGAAGGCAUUAAAUAUGCACGCAUUCAGCUACGUGAUAACGACAUCUACUUCAUCCCGCGCAAUGUCAUCCACCAGUUUCGCACCGUCACUGCUGUGACCAGCAUCGCCUGGCAUCUUCGCCUAAAGUCUUACUACCCACCAGAGUCUGAACAUGAAGACGAUAACAGUGACGCAAACAAAAGUGAAAGUGAAACCAAGGAAAAAACAACCACGGGUGAUAAUUCCGCAACAUGUGAUGUUAAAGCUGAGAAGGGUGUCAAAGACAGUGUUGGCAGCAGCAGUGGUGACAGUAACAGUGUUACAGAGGUGAAAAUGGAGACAACGUAGCAGUCAGUAAGUUUGGAGAGACUGCUUAUUCAGGGUCAAAAGCCAACUUUUUUGUAUAGGAACUACAUUUUCAUAAUAUUUAUUCAGGAAAUACAUCGUGGAAUGGUUUAGGUCAGAACCAGAAGGAUCUGUUUUCUUUUAAACAUAUAAAGAUAAGAAUUUUGUUUUUGUAUGGAUGUAUUUUCUUAUUACUCCAUUGUUUUCAUCGUUAUCUCCACCAUGGCAGCAACUUGUCUAAAUAUGUGUCAAGGACAUGAUUGAAGGGUGGGGUCAAGGUCAGAAAAUCGUCUCAAUUAAAUAGAAACUAGCUCUAAAUAUUCUCAGCCAGCAGUCAAAUUGAGAUUUUUUGUUUCUAUGGGAAAGAAUAAGUCAAUAUGCAACUUUAUGGUUUUCUGUAUAAACUUAAAAGUUUAGUUGGCUUUUUUAGAAAUUUGUUUAAAUAAGUAAGAUGUAAGCUCAUCCUUAAUUUUUAGGCAAAUGAAUCUCGUAUCUGCUGUGAACAGCAAAUUUGGGCAACCUCCACAUGAUGUGCUUAUUAAUGAGAAAAUUCAACCAUGCAAAGAGAGUAUUGUAGUAUAUUGCAAUUGUGCUCUAAUCUGGCAAUACAUACUUCCAAGUUAAAUUUUUAUUGUGGUUCACCAGGCCGAGCGUGUUAAUUGUGUUUAGUAGAAACUAAGCUUUAAAUCAAGGGCUGGCUUUCAACCCGUUGUGCUAGAUUUACCUCGAAGUCAGAAAAUGGAGAUAUAGUGAGCAGACCCAAUUAUUGUGAGAUAUUUUAAUUUAAUGCACACUUGGUGAGGCAGACACCCUCAUUAUAUAAGCCCAAGUCCAGUUGUUCAGCUCCAGUGGAUAUUUCAAGCUUUUCAGUGUAAGUCAUAUUUGUGCCAUGACUUUGUGUAACUUUUGUCAUAUAGUACUUAUGAAGAAAUAGACUUAAAUUUGCAUAAGUUUUUUAUAGCACCUUCAUGUUAUUAUUAUGAUAGUAAUUUAUAGUUGUCCAGUUGAAAGGAUAAUUUAAAACUUUGUAACUGUAUGUUUGCAAGCUCUUUGUACUUGCAGUGAUUUCUAUAAAUCUGUAUAUAUUUUUCUUUUCUUGUUCUCUAUAAAAAGAUUAGUCCAUUUACAAAUGGUGGCCUUACCAGUUGAAUUGCACUGUUUGUAUUAUGAAAUGUGCAGUUGCAAAAUGGUGAGAAAAGAUUGUAUAUAACUUUGCCGGUGAAAUCAAAAUUAGUAUCAAGAACAUUAGUAUCUAUUGGAAAAUAGAAAGUGAAAGUGACAGAGAUAAGCAGCAUUGUAAUACUGAAGUAUGUAAGACCUGUAGACUUGCCCUUUUGAGGAAAAACCAUUUUUCGGUAUUUUUAUGCAUGACUUGAAUGUAUUUUUAUGAAGUGACUUGAGAGAGGCAAAUGCUGAUCUGGAUAAAUCACUUGAAAAGUCCAUUUGUUUCAUCAGUUUUUUAUUUGAUGGGCAGCUAUUUCUUAGUACUGCCUAGUUACAUGGAGUAGAACAGAUUCCAAGCAAUCUGUGCUUUUUGUUAGUGUAUUCCCAUUUUUCCAAGUUCUUGUCCUAAAUGUCUAACUUAUACAUCAGCUGCCGAUGUGGAAUUUUUGUUAGAGUUUUUUAUUUUCAAUAAUGUUUUGCAGUAUCGUAUAAAGACUGUAGUAAAAGAUUUAUAUUUGUAUAUAUUUGUAAAUGAACCAUGUGUAUAGCCCCCUUAUGUGGGUAUCUGUCAGUCCUUCAACACGUGUAUGUGGCACAUAUAUGUGCUGCUUUAUUUAAGAUGUUCAUCGGCCAUAUAGUAAGGCUCUUUCUACAUAAUCUUUUGAAAUGUUAUAGUUUGUAGGGUGCAAUCUACUUCUAAGCCUAGUUUUGGGUCACACAUGGGCAGGUAGAAAUUACGAGAGGGGAGGGGGAAUGAGACUCCACUAGAAAGCAGACCCGAGACAGCAAGGAUCAUUGGUUUUAAUGUGAUGACAGGCAAACUUUAUGCAAAACAUAGGUUGGGAAGCAGUUACAAAAAGGCAAUUUUGAAGAAGUAAUCCGUUGUUCUGUAAUCAAAUUUGGCAGUGAAUGUUGAGCUGAACUAUUGUUUAAAACCAAUUUCACAGGCCGUCGGGCUUUAAGCUGAGGAUUCCUAAACUCGAGUUCAACCCUUCUAAAAUCCAAUUACGUAGCUUGUGUAAGGCCAGACCAGACAAAAACAGAUGGUAAAUUCCCAGUUCAUCAGGUUUUUAAUUGCAUGUUGUUUAAUUGUUCUCCUAAGAUGGUAGAAAUGUUUGAUUUUGUUCGGAAUUCAGCUGUACAUAUCUGCAGAAACCGUUUACUAUGCUUCUACGCUGUGAAUAUAGUGCGUCGUAGUGUGCAAUUUCCAUGGUCAAUACUUUCAUGUCUUCUAUAUAUAUAUAUAU